AGGCGGUGGGACGGAGGCAUGAGGCGAGCUGCUUGGCUCCAGUGAGCGCCCCAGGAUGUGCAGGCCAGGAGCCGCGGACAGGCUGACGGAGGAGGGAACGAGCCGCCUGUGAAACGGGGUGACGGCGGCGACCAGCCCGGGCGGGGACCGGGACUGGAAGAGGCGCCUGAGCAGCCGGCUGGUCCGGCGGCUAGGCUAGGGUGGGGGACGCGGGGACCGAGAAACGAACGCCCAGCUGAGCCUGCUGGGGUUGGAGGGACGAGGAAGCCAGAGAGGGCAAAGGGAGGUUUGUAGGAAAGGGGAUCAUUGGAAGUGGCCGGAAGUGGUGAGAAGCUGGCAACAGGCGUUGGUGUAAGGAACCGAAAGAAUCAGAGAGAAAGAAGUGAAGUCUGUGUAAGUAGCUGAAAGGAUUGGGUAACCAGAAAGAAGGUCAGUGUAAGUGAAGGAAGAGUAAGGUGUGGCUGGAUCAGAGGGCCAAGGGAAGAGGGUCUGUGUAAGUGUAAGAGGAUUAAGGAAAAGCCGUGGAAGUGGCAGGGGCUGUGGGCCAGAGGAGUGCCAGACGUAGCCGGAAGGCAGCGGAGCGGAGCUCAAACCUGAGAGUGUUUGGAAAUUGCAAGACUUGGUGGCGAAAGAGGGUCAGGACACAGAUCCUGCCUCAGCGAAUGAGCGACGAGUACGGGAUGUGGGAUCAGAGGCUGGUGAGAUUGGCCUUGUUGCAGCAGCUUCGGGCCGACUAUGGCAUUAAGGUCAAGCAUAGCCGUGGGCAGUGCGAUUGCAGGAGACAUGAAACAGCAGCCACGGAAAUAGGGGGUAAAAUAUUUGGAGUGCCUUUUAAUGCAUUACCCCAUUCUGUUGUACCAGAAUAUGGACACAUUCCAAGCUUUCUUGUUGAUGCUUGCACGUCUUUACAAGAGCAUAUUCACACAGAAGGGCUUUUUCGGAAAUCAGGAUCUGUUAUUCGUCUAAAAGCACUAAAGAAUAAACUGGAUCAUGGUGAAGGUUGCCUAUCUUCUGCACCACCUUGUGAUAUUGCAGGACUUCUUAAGCAGUUUUUUAGGGAAUCACCAAAGCCCAUUCUUCCAGCUGAUUUGCAUGAAGCACUUUUUAAAGCUCAACAGUUAGCAACAGAGGAGAAGACUAAAGCUACAUUGUUGCUCUCCUGUCUUAUGAGUGACCACACAGUUAAUAUAUUAAGAUACUUCUUUAACUUUCUCAGGAAUGUUUCUCUAAGGUCUAGUGAGAAUAAGAUGGAUAGCUGCAAUCUUGCGGUAAUAUUUGCACCAAAUCUUCUUCAGACAAAUGAAGGACAUGAAAAGAUGUCUGCUAACACAGAAAAAAAGUUACGAUUACAGGCUGCAGUAGUACAGACUUUCAUUGAUUAUGCAUCAGAUAUUGGACGUGUACCAGAUUUUAUCCUGGAAAAGAUACCUGCUAUGUUGGGUAUUGAUGGCCUCUGUGCUACUCCAUCACUGGAAGGCUUUGAAGAAGGUGAAUGUGAAACUCCUGGUGAACAUAAGAGAAAACGAAGACAAAGUGUAGGAGAUUUUGUGAGUGGAGCACUAAAUAAAUUUAAAUCUAACAGAACACCCUCUAUUACACCUCAACAGGAAAGAAUUGCCCAGCUAUCUGUAUCACCAGUGAUUCUUACACCAAAUGCUAAACGUAAACUGCCAGUAGAUUCGUCUCAUGGUUUCUCAAGUAAGAAAAGGAAGUCCAUCAAGCACAAUUUUAACUUUGAGCUAUUGCCAAGUAAUCUCUUCAGUAGCAGUUCUACACCAAUAUCAGUUCACAUUGAUACAAGCUCAGAAGGGUCAUCUCAGAGUUCAUUCUCUCCUGUAGCCAUCAGUGGAAAUCAUUUGAUCAGUACAGGUGUGCCAAGGAGAAGUAAAAGAAUUGCAGGCAAAAAAGUUUGCAGGGUGGAAUCAGGAAAAGCAGGCUGCUUCUCUCCUAAAAUCAGUUGUAAAGAAAAUGUUCGAAGAUCUCUUCGUUUGAAAUUUGGUCUAGGGAAAAAUAGCAAAGAUGUAAAUGGAUGUUCUGAUGUCAAUAGAUGUGAAAAUGUUGGCCGGCGACUUGCAAAUCAACGAAGUUUAAAAAAUAGGAUUGAAUCUGUAAAAACAGGUCUGCUUUUUAGUCCAGAUAUUGAUGAAAGGUUACCAAAGAAAGGUUCAAAAAAGAUCAGUAAGUCUGAGGAAAACUUACUAACUCCCGAGCGACUAGAUGGGACAAAUUAUCGGAUGUCUUGGACAGGACCUAGUAAUUCAAGUUUUCAAGAAAUAGAUGCAAAUGGAGCUUCUUCAGUAGUGGGAAAUCCUGAGGUAGAAAACUCUUCUUUGGAGCCUGAUAUUACUGUUGAAAAGUCACCUGCUUCUUCAUAUGAACUUAUUGCUUCUGAUUUAAACAAUAAGCGUAAUAGCAACGUAAUGGGAAGCUCCCUUAGUGGGGAUGAAAAUAACUUGACCACAGAGACUUUGGCGAAAAUUCAGAAGGCAUUUUCUGAAUCUGGAAGUAAUCUUCCUGCAUUGAUAAAUCAUAGGCAGUCAUCAAUAACUAAUAUGGAGAAAGUAAAAGAAACAUCUUACACAGAAUAUAGCCCAGAGAAAAAUGUAUUUGAACCUAAUGAUUUGACUGUAAUAGAAUCAAAGGAAAAUUAUGAACACCACACUGAUGAAGAUGAAAAUCAUAUUUCAGAAAGAGACUUUUCACCACAUCAAACUCAAAAAUUUGACAGAGAAGCAGGUAUAAAAUGUUAUUCAAUUCAGGUGAAGGUGGAACAUGAAGAAGACAAUCAUUCAAAUAUACCAAAAGAUUAUUUCAGCAAGCAAGAAUUCUCCAGUGAUGAACAAAUGAAGAAACAGUAUCCAAGGGAUAAACUAAAUACUGAAUUAAAGGAGAAUGAGAAUAUGAUGGAAGAGAACUCACUGAAACAUGCAGCUUCUAGGGAGGAUGAGGCUAGAUCCUCUUCCUCACAGCAGAGUACAUGUAUUAUGACAAACUUGUCAAAACCUAGGCCUAUGAGAAUCGCUAAACAGCAGUCACUGGUGGAAACAUGUGGUAAAACUUUUUCUGAAAGUUUACAAAUGACAGAACAUGGGAAGGUUUCAGAUCACAUACAGUGGUUUAACAAGCUUUCUUUAAAUGAACCAAAUAGAACAAAAGUUAAGUCACCUCUUAAGUUUCAGCGUACUCCUGUCCGUCAGUCUGUCAGAAGAAUUAAUUCUUUGUUGGAGUAUGGCAGGCAACCUGUAAGGCAUAAGUUGGUGAGUCUUGGUGAUGCUGCUUCUCCUCUGGUUAAGUCAGUGAGCUGUGACGGUGCUCUUCCCUCUUGUGUAGAAAAUACAUCAAAGGAUCCCUUUGCUUCAUGUACCAAAUCAUGUCCUAAAGAACAGAAGUCUACAUCAUGUGAACAGUCAAAUGUUGGUGCAAUUUCAAAAUCAAGCAUGGAGUUAACUUCUAAAUCUUUCUUAAAGAUCAAGAAACACCCAGAUUCAGCGAAUGCUUCUCUUAGGUUUAAUAGAGUUUGUGAACAGGAAAUGAUAUCUGAUGGCCAAGUUAAGGUUCCCUUGGAUGACCUGACUAAUCAGGAUAUAUCAAAAUCUGUUGUAAAUAACAAUAUGAGCUUUUUUCCUGAGAUAAAUAAUAGGGUCCUUAGGAAACCAUCAGAAAAAGAAAGGGUCUGGUACAAAGGUUCUCCAAAAAAUCCUAUCGGAAAAACUCAACUACUACCAACAAGUAAACCUGUAGACUUGUAAUUGAUAAAUGUUAUACUUGUCGUUAAUGUAAAUAAAGCAAACAAUUGGU